AAAAAUAACAUUUCAGGGUGACAAAAGAUAGGGACAGAGUAGCCAAGCCAGGACCCUGCAACAUUGUGGUGCAAGAUGGAUCUCUCACACAAGAUGAAUUUUUAGAAAGGUAUGCAUACAGUAAGCCUGUGGUGAUCAAGGGAGCAUCACAUAACCAGCUGUUUAAAUCACGCACACGGCGCUCAGUCCUAUUAAACAAUUAUGGGCACAUGACAGUACGCCUGAGCUCAGCUAACAGCUACAGUUAUGCAAAGAAAGACAUGUCAUUCAAAGACUACUGCAAUCAUCAUAUUCAUCCUCAGCAACUUUCUGCUCUCGGCAAUGAAACAUUUUACCUCUUUGGGGACAACAGUCAUGAAGAAUGGCAAAACCUUCUCGAGUUAUACGAACCCCCACCUUAUAGUCUGCCUCAUCACUUGCCUGCUUAUAGCUUUGGACUAGCAGGACCUGGUACUGGUGUUCCUUUCCACUUCCAUGGCCCAGGUUUUGCUGAAACCAUAUGGGGGCGAAAGCGGUGGUUUAUGUAUCCACCUGAUGUAGAACCUAAAUUUCACCCAAACUGCACAACUUUGCAGUGGUUAAUGGAAGUUUACCCAGAUGUGAAAGAUAAUCCAAAUCUUUAUGAGUGUACACUUCAACCUGGAGAGAUCGUCUAUUUUCCUGACAAGUGGUGGCAUGCAACGCUCAACAUCGAUAGCAGUGUCUUCAUAUCAACAUUUCUAAGUCCAUAGCAGUGGAAAUUAGUCUCUUCCUAUAAAUUAUAGUACAGUAAAUUAUUUGUUUGUGAUUUUCAUUGUCUCUGCUGUAAGCAGGAAAUAAUGCUAUAGAGUAUAUUUUUAUUUAGCAAGAUAGUAUUGGAAAUGAAAUAUACAAUGGUAAAAUUUUAAAUUAUCAACCACAGUGAAUUAAGUUGUGUACAAAAGAUAAUUAAAUUUUAGUGCAUAGCAGUUUUGAUUAAAAGCAUCAGUUUUAUGUGAAGUGUUAGCCAGUAUUUAUUGCAUAUUAGCAAGCAGCAGUAGUAGUUGAUAAAUCUUUAAGUAGCAGUUGAAAGCUUUAUAAAAGAUGACAUUUUGUCUGCAUAGCAGGCUUUAGUCUCACCUGAUAUUUCGCUUUCACGUCAGGCUCUGUCAUCUCGAUAAAGUUACCAGUUGCUGCUAGUAUGUCUUUUUACCAACUUGUUUGCAAUUACAAACUAUAGUACAAGGGACCAACUGUUUCCUGCCAUAAAUAACUGAAUGAAUGGGAUUAAGGGUUAAGAAAUUAGCAAUAAGCCGACUUUUUAAAGUUGUCCAUGUUUUUGUGUGUAUUUAUAUACAGUGUAACAAAAAACGUAUUUUAAUAAACGAUAAACAUUAA